ACUUAAACGAUCAUUUGGUUACAGUUCGACUAAACGACAUCGUUUAUCCUGACCCUAAGCCCAUAGCUUACCAUUUGACUGCAGCAGAAUAUCAUUUCUGCCUCUCAGUCAGGACUGAUAUUAGUCAGCUGUGUUCAUUGACCUCUGACCGGAGGACUGAUACGUGUUAUUUAAUAUAUUCAUCUGAUCAAAUCUGAGGUGAAGAUGAUGCGGAAGAAGAAGCGCUCAUCUGUUACAGUGGACGAAGAAUCCACACUUGAUAUUCCAAAGUCAAAAAAGACCAAGAGCACUGGGCGACCUUCAAAAUCCUCUGCAAAGGAAUCUGACCCGGACUCCAUCUUUGUUCAGUUACUCAAAGAGUCUGGGGUCACUUUGACACCUGUCAAUACAGCUAAUGAAAUAGCCGUAGAUCAAGUUAUAUUUCAGAAACGACUUCAGCAGCAUCUACGUAAAAAUCCCAGAUUCCCAAAUACCAUACAGGAGUUUAUGUCUGGGAUGGAAGUAUACAUCGAAGAUCCAGAGAGAUUCAGAAACUGUCUGCUUCCCUGUGUGCCGGCUGCUCAACAGGAUAACAAUUCCGGUUGCUAUCAGGAGAGUCUGGUGCGCUUGUUGCUUGGAAUAGAAAUACUGCAGACCCCCGUCAUAAACACUUUGUUUGAAAAGCUUCCAGAGUUCAUGUUUGAGGGUGUGACUGAGGAUGGACUCAAUGUUCCCCGUCUCAUUAUCAAUCAGUUAAAAUGGCUGGACAGAAUCAUAGACUGCAAGGAUUUGAGCAGUAAGCUGAUGGAGAUGGUGUCAGUAGCUCCUGUAGAAAUCCAGAGGGACAUUAUCACCAGUCUUCCUGAGAUCCUUGAGGACUCGCAGCACGCAGACAUGGCCAGAGAACUGAAUGUUUUACUCCAGCAGAACACUCAGCUCACUGUGCCGGUAUUGGAUGCUUUGUCCAGCCUGAAUCUCAGCUCUGCUUUACUGUCAGAGGUGCGUGAGGCAGUGAUGAGAACUCUCUCUGCUGUACAGUUAGAGGAUCUUCCUGUUGUUGUGAAGUUCAUCCUUCACUCCAUCUCUACAUCUGAUGCUAAUGAGGUGGUGUGUGACCUGCGGAAGAAGCUACAGUUGGAGCAGUGUGUUUUGCCAGCUGUCCUGCAGGCCUCCCAGAGCAACAAAAAAAAUCCAGGAGCCUCAUCAUGCAGCAGCGGUCAGGACAGCGUGGCUCUGAUUCUGGAGGUCAUAAAGUCGGCUAUCCGCUUCCAGAAGACCAUCUCUGAGGCCUGGCUUAAGUCCAUAGAGAACGUUGAUGAGCCGGAGGACCAUAAGGUGAUAGAUCUGUUGGUACUGUUCAUUCUGCACGCCACUAACGCAAACCACAGCAGGCGGGGGGCGGAGCGAGUUCUGAAGGUCAAAGUUCGCAAGGGUUUGAUUCAGGAGACUCUACUGCAGAAGACCUUCAAGGGUCAUGCGCAGGUUAUGCGAGGUUAUUUCCCCUCGAUUCUGGCUCUAGCUCAGGGUCUCUUGCGUUCUCCAGACUGUUGUGUGGUGCCUUGUGGAGGUCACAUGUACAAACAAGCUUUCACUGCCUUUGACUCCUACUGCCAGCAGGAGGUGGUGGGCUCUCUGGUCACACACGCGUGCAGCGGUGUGUGCGGGGAGGUGGAUGUUGCAUUGGAUCUUCUCUGUGAGCUUGUGUCACAGAGACCUGCAGAGAUGAGCCAGUUCACUGUUUUUGUGAAGGGUAUUUUGGACUAUAUGGAUAACCUGACAUCGCAGCAGAUCAGACGUCUCUUCCACCUGUUGAGUCUCCUGGCAUUUGGACAAGAGCAGCAGGGAGGGCACAUCCAAGACGACAUGCACAUCGUGAUUCGUAAGCAGCUGUCCAGCACAGUGCCAAAGUACAAGCGCAUUGGUAUCAUAGGGGCGGUCAUGAUGGUGGGCAGUAUGGGGGCUUGCAGAAAUAAACCUGGUUGCUCUCAGGGUGGAACGCUGCCUAAAGAAACAAACAGACAGGUGAUGGCUCUGUUGGAGUUGGUGCGUUCAUGCAGUGAGAGUUCACCUGAGGCCGCCGCUCUGUGUUACGAUGAGCUAGCCAACCUUCUGCAGACCUGCAAACUGGACCCUCUAGUGCAGGCAUGGAUAGGGAAGAGGGUGUUAGAAGAUUUCCAGGAAGAUUUUGUCGUUGACCUUGGACCAGAGACAACAAGUUCUUUUGUGUUUCCGGCAUGUGUGAUGUAUCAUCUGGAUGAGGAGGAGAGUCAGGGAGGAAUCGCCAUCAAUAUCUUGCCUGUGAUGGCUCGAGACCAGCAACACAAAUCAGACAUGGCACAAACCGCUGGAGUCAAGAGAGAGAGGCGUGUGUCCCCUCUGUGUUUGUUCUCGUUUUUUCGUCUUUUGAGGUUGUGUGAGGAAGUUCAGCAUGACGGAGAUCUGGAGGAGAUUGAUGCUCUGCUAGGUUGUCCUCUGAUCCUGACUGAUAUGGAGGUGGUGGAGAAGGUUGAGAGUUUGUCCAGGACUGAGAGAGAGUUUCUCUGCUCUCUUCUGUUUUACACCAUCAACUGGUUCAGAGAGGUGGUUAAUGCCUUCUGCAAGCAGAAAGAUACAGAGAUGAAAAUGAAGGUUGUUACUCGUAUUCAGAACAUCACUUACCUUCAGAGUUUACUGCAGACGUGCCUAGGAGCUACACCAAGUUACACUCCACCUCAGGCAAACUUCGAUGGAGAUCGAGUUGAAGGGGUCGUACCUUCUUCCUCCCUCCCUCCGCCAAAGAAAGGAAACAAGGUUGGUAAGAAGAGGAAGGCAUCAGUGAAUAAGAACACUUCAGCUGACAAAUCUGAGCUGGAAGGGGCCGCAGAGGCAGAAGAGUCCCAGCAGGACCAUCCAGACAAAGAGAGCGAGAAGGAGAAAGAGAAGGAGACCGCAUCAGGGGUCAGUCUGGCUUCCUAUUGGCCGUUCUUCAGAGAGCUGGAUGUUGAGGUUUUGAGCGUGCUACAGUGUGGCCUUCUGUCUCGAACGCUACUGGACACCGAGCUACACAGUAAAAUGAGAGAAGAAGUGCAGUUGGGCCCCGCAGAGUUGCACUUCCUGUUGGAAGACAUGUGGCGAAAAAUGGACUUCAGUUUGGCUUCUUCUCUAGCCAAGAAGGCCCCGUUUCUCAAAAGUAAGACAGACAGAACUGUAGGAUUUGCACACCUGCAGCAGAAAAACGCCAAAGAAAUCGCCACCUGCUGCAUCGAGCUGCUGCCCACCCUCUGCACUCACCUAGAGAACUGUCACAAUCACUUUCAGACUCUGCUGACAGAGAAUCAGGGUGUUGUUGAUGCCUCUGGUGUGGAUGUGAAGGAACAGCAGCUUAUGUCAUCAGCCUAUCAGCUUCUCCUGCAAGUGCUACACACCACGUUCAGCUGGUCUGGCUUCUCUGUUCCCGAGCAACGUGUUCUUCUGAAGAAGGCUCUGAGAGUUCUGGCCUGUCGACUGAAGGAAGAAGAGACUGAUCUGACCCUUGAUCAGCUCAGCAGGCACGCUUUCCAGUAUCUGCAGAACUUUAAAAGCUCUCUGCCCAGUCUGAACACCGCCCUGUGUCUCACCCAGCUGCUCAUUGUGCUGACACAGUUCGGAGGAUCAAACCACAGGACAUACAGAGAGCAGAUCUCAUCCCUGGCCAAGCAUUUCUUGUGUCAAGAGUGGGUUACAGCGAGUGGAGAGAGAGAGCGAGGAAACAAAUACAAUGAAGCGCUUCAUACCCUCCUCAGUAUAUAUCUGGAACACACUGAUGACGUCCUGAAGGCCGUGGAGGAGAUUGCUGGUGAAGGAGUUCCAGAGUUAUUAAAUGCUGCUAAAGAUGCCAGCUCUCGCAGCUGGCCCACGCUCAACAGGCAGACCUUCCUGGUGUACUACAAGAGCUUGAUGGCAGAGCUGGAGAGAGCUGUUCGCAAGAUUCCUCCCAGCAAACAGAGCGAUAACCGAGAGGUGCAGAGCGAGAAACUGUUAACAUGGAAUCUAGCUGUGCAGGAUUUCCACAUUCUCUUAAACCUGGUCAAGGUGUUUGACACCAGACCUGUACUGACGGUGUGUUUAAAGUAUGGCCGUCUUUUUCUGGAAUCAUUUCUAAAGCUGGGAAUGCCUCUGCUCGACUACAGCUUUAAAAAACACAAGGAGGAAGUUCAGAGUCUACUGAAGACCUUUCAGCUCAGUACUAGACAACUCCACCACAUGUGUGGUCAUUCAAAGAUCAGGCAAGAUACAGGCCUGACCAAUCACGUCCCAGCCCUGAAGAAAAGUCUGGAACAGUUUGUGUAUCGUGUGAAGGCCAUGCUCACUCUGAACCACUGCCAGGAGGCUUUCUGGCUGGGAAACCUGAAGAACAGAGACCUGAAGGGUGAGGAAAUUCUCUCACAGAGGUCACAGGUCGCUGAUGAGCAAGAAGAAUCGUCUCCAGUGCAGAGCGACAAUGAGGAGAGCGAAUCAGAUGAGAUAACUGAUCAACAGCCAGAUGAAGAUGUAGAGGAAUCAAAUGAAUCUGAUUGAAAUAAGAUUGUUCAUUUGUUGCUUUACGUUAAUAUAUUAUCAAUACACUAUUAUUACCUUCAUGUAAUGUAUUUUCUGAAUAUGUGAUUUUAUUUAAAAGAUAAAGCUAAUAAAUAUGCAUUUGUUUUGUUAACAUUUCGUCUAAGAUGAGGACUGGUCAAUCAAUUAUUAGAAAUCUUGUUCAUGUUUGUUUUAUAUGUAAAAAAUGAGAUUUAAAUUGACUGUUUUAAGUGGUUGAAAAUACUGCUGUUAUUUCCAAAAAAAAUCUUCAAUCUGUAACUGUUAACACAUUAGAUCACCUCUUUUAAUAAAUUACAAGUAUAUAGUUAAAA